AUACGCGCCCCUUCGCAUUCUUUAAGCUGCCAGGUCAAUGCCAGAGUCCGAGGUAAUAACGUGGGGUAACUGUGUAGUAGGUACCCAAACACGUCACGGGUGUCCUACACGUGCGGGGCGUGGAAUUUAACUGGUGCCUAUAAGGACUUGAGGCAGUAUUGUCGGAGGCGUACGACGGGUCAAGACACCGAGAAGAUAAGGGGGCUGCUAACGUCUAAUCAGCUCAUUGACAAGUGCGGUACGAGGAAAAGGCUACCGUGAGGGAGACCGGGGGGGCGACAGGUCUACCAGGACGGAGCCGCUACUUCUUCUUCCUCAUCAUCCACAUCUCUCCCCGGUGGGGGCGCGGAGUGUCGUAUUAGCAUCUCUAACGCGUUUGCUAACGUUAGCAAGCAAGGUACAUGUUAAGUGUUCGUUUGUGCUUUUAAACGGAGGAGCCGGUGAGUCAGCGUGUGGCAGCCUACCUGAGCACUCGAAUGACUUUUUGUUCAUUUAAGAUAUUUGUAAUUUGUCAGCGUUAAAGCCGUUAAGCUGUGUUUCCGUUAAUGUCAGUCACUGUAUCGUUGAUUGUCUCUCAGAUGUCUCUGGCCUAUAUAUUAACACUGACGUCAGCCUGGCAGAAAUGCAAUUCAAAUACCUGAGUAACAUUAUAAAUCAAUGCCUGUGCCGUUCAGCAUCUUUAUACGAAUCCCGUAGCGCAUUUAAGAUGGCUAAUAAUGAGAAAUACAAGCUCCUUGAAGAUGCGCAGCUUUUGCUGUCGGAUUAAUGAAUGACUGUUCUAGAAAUUUCCUGCCGCCCGAUAGGUGCAUGCCUGGUCGUGGUCUGGUGUCGCCUAUCCUUUGUAUUCACAAAGGCAGUCUCAAGCUGUCAGCCACAUCUGCCCAGUAUUUAAAGCGACGUUAUUCUGCACACCAACUAUCCAUUAUGGCACUGCUCCAUCGUGCUGUCAGCUGGUCUUACCUGCAGCUCAAUUCAGCCUGGAUUUUUUUUUUUAUUAUAUUCGUUAUUUUAAGAGAAACAAAGGUAGAGCAUUUAAGUCUCCUUUUAAGCUGUGUGGAUUUGUGCAAGUGUACUGCCUGAAUUUCCUCUCAGCUGUAGAAUGAAUGUUAACUCUAGGCUUUUCUAGACCAGAGGCCUACAACAUCCUCCUCUAAAUCUAGAACGACCUCAGUGCCGGUGGAUAACCCCCUCCGAAGCACACCUAGUGAAUUUGAUCUGACGGUGGAUACUACAGCUUCCAUCCAGACAGCAAACCAAAGCAGAGCAUUUCCAUAGCUCCUUUUUUUAUUAAUUAAAUCCAUAACCUUGGCUAUUAUAUUUCUGUUUUUUGAAAGGAUUCCUUUAGCUGUGAACUUUAUCUCCUGUAAAAAUGGGUCCUGGAAUGGAAGCAGCGGACAUAGCUGUGGUAGCGCUAUAUUUUGUCCUGGUGCUUGUCAUUGGGUUUUUUGCCAUGUGGAAAGCCAAUCGCAGCACUGUGAGUGGUUACUUUCUGGCUGGACGCUCAAUGACGUGGAUAGUGAUAGGUGCAUCACUCUUCGUGAGCAACAUUGGCAGUGAACAUUUCAUAGGCCUGGCUGGAUCAGGAGCAGCAAGUGGCUUUGCUGUUGGAGCAUGGGAAUUUAAUGCACUUCUACUUCUGCAGCUGCUUGGCUGGGUGUUUAUCCCUGUGUAUAUCCACUCAGGAGUCUACACCAUGCCCGAGUACCUGUCGAAGCGCUACGGUGGCAACAGGCUAAAGGUUUACUUUGCUUUCUUGUCUGUGUUACUUUACAUUUUUACCAAGCUAUCUGUGGACCUGUAUGCUGGAGCUCUCUUUAUUCAGGAGUCCCUAGGGUGGAACCUUUAUCUGUCUAUCGUCCUGCUCAUCAGUAUGACUGCACUACUCACUGUCACUGGUGGACUGGUGGCAGUGCUGUACACGGAUGCCCUUCAGGCAGUGUUGAUGAUUGGUGGAGCCCUAACCUUAACCAUCAUCAGCCUAGUGAAAGUUGGUGGGCUAGAGGGAGUCAGAACUAAGUACAUGCAGGCAGUUCCCAAUGUUUCUGCUAUAAUGGCUACUGGAAAUUUCACCUAUUCUCCCUCCUGUCGCAUUCAGCCUAAACCAAACUCACUUCACGUCCUUCGAGGUCCUCUAGAUGAAGACAUUCCUUGGCCAGGCUUCAUUCUUGGCCAGACCCCUGCAUCUAUUUGGUACUGGUGUGCAGACCAGGUCAUCGUUCAGAGAGUACUAGCAGCAAAGAACAUUGCUCACGCCAAGUGCUCAACACUCAUGGCAGGGUUUCUGAAAAUCCUGCCCAUGUUUGUCAUAGUCAUUCCAGGAAUGAUCUCCCGCAUUAUGUUUGCAGACGAGAUUGUCUGCAUUGGGCCGGAGCAUUGCAUGGCUGUGUGUGGUUCUCAGGCUGGCUGCUCAAACAUUGCCUACCCACGCCUGGUCAUGGCCGUGAUGCCUGUGGGACUCAGGGGUCUGAUGAUGGCGGUCAUGAUCGCCGCCCUGAUGAGCGAUCUUGACUCAAUCUUCAACAGCGCAAGCACCAUCUUCACCUUGGACAUCUACCAAACUGUUCGGAAGAAGGCAAGGCAACGCGAGUUGCUGAUCGUGGGCCGCAUGUUUGUUGUGCUCAUGGUGGCCAUCAGCAUUGCUUGGGUCCCUGUUAUCAUUGAAAUGCAAGGUGGACAGACAUACCUGUACAUCCAGGAAGUUGCUGGCUACCUCACUCCGCCAAUCGCUGCCCUCUUCCUUCUAGGCGUCUUCUGGAAACGGUGUAACGAGACAGGUGCAUUUUGGGGAGGCAUGACAGGUUUCACACUAGGUACCAUACGACUGAUCUUAGCUUUUAUCUACCGCCAGCCUCGCUGUGACCAGCCAGAUGAUAGGCCUGCCUUCAUCGUUCAUGUUCAUUACAUGUAUUUUGCUGCUGGGCUGUUCUGGAUUUCAGGGCUGGUAGCGGUGGUGGUCAGCCUCUGCACCUCUCCACCAGAUGAGGAGCAGGUUCGCACCACCACAGUCUGGGGGCUCCGCCACAUUGAAACGGUUCCUGCAAAGGAUCGAGAGGAAAUGUACAGACUGACUGACAAGCACCAUUGUAAUGGCGAGGGAAGCCUCCAUAAAGAGAUGCCCCCAGAUGUCAGAAAAGAGAGGUGUUUGGAUGAGGUGGAUGUCAGACUCCUCGUCCCAUCCACUGACCAUGACCCAGCAACCCCUAGUACAGAAACAUCACCUGCAACCACCCCUGCAGAACGAUUUGGUAAUGGAAGGAUGGAGGUGAUCAGAGCAGAGGAAGGCUGCCAUGGGAAUGGGGAGAGUAGCAGGUGUAUGCGUUUACUGCACUGGUUUUGUGGAUAUAAGGAGGGAUCACAGACCGCACAGCAAAAGAUGGUGCACGAGGAUGCAAGAGUGAUUGCGGAGAUGCUGUACGAGCCACCUAGAGUUAAACUUGUCCUCAACUUGGGUCUGUUAUGUGUGUGCUCUGUGGGCAUCUUCAUGUUUGUUUAUUUUUCACUGUAGUUGAACCCUGCACUGAACUAAUAGGGACUGGUGUUGGGGUUUUAGUUAAGGUGGAUGGUAUGUGUGAGGGUUGGGGGCUGUUGCAAACAGUUGAAUUUUCAGAGAUUUGAGAAGUUCUGUCUGUAAUAUUUACAGUUGUCUUUUGUAGCUCUCUAACAGGGAUCCAAGCUUAUUCUAAUCAUUUUUUUUUAAAUGAUUAAAGCUUCUCCACAAGAAAAAUAAACUAUACUCCUUUAUGACUAUGAAGCUUAUUUGGCACUGGUGUGUCCAUUUUGUAUAGUGCUUGUUGUUAAUUCUUCAUUCGGAAUAGCUACUGGGAUUUUUAGAAUUGUAGUACACUAAAGUGAAUUUAAUAUUUGCCUUAUUUGACAUAUGCACUUGUCUUUCUUUUUUGUAUGGUGAAAAAAAUGUGAUUAAAGCUUUUUCCCCACCCUUGUUGACAGUGACUGUAGGCUUAGUUGCUAGUGUAGCAUACAUAUGUCUAGUAACUCAAAAAAAUGUUUUAGGUUAUAGGCAAUGAGAGUUUUGUACAAGUUUCUGCUGCAGAACAUUAUGAUUAUUACAACAUUUAUAUCAGUAGAAUUUCAAGUAUGCUAUUACUAUUUAAUUUUAUUGUGCCCUGGACAGUAAUUUUAAGGUUGUCAACACAUUUCCUGAAAAAGGUUGAAUUAUUUUGCUGUAGAGAGUAUAAUAUUCAAUCCUCUCUUUCAUGAGGGGAUCAUUAUGACAUUAAUAAAACAAAAGUUAAUAUUAAAUGCUAAGAAGCGUUGCAUGUGACCAAUAAGUUUGUGGUUAUAAUUAUAUUCACUUGUUUGAUUUAGCCUACCGGAGGUAUUGCAUCGAAAAUCAUUUUGUCAAGCUUACAGUUAAUACCUGGUAUUUAGAAUAUGUACAUAUUUUGCAGCACAGAAAAUGGAGCGAACAAGCACAAGAAGAAAUUGUUAACUUUUCUUGUUUUACAUGGGAGGAGAAGAAAAAAGCCAAACUUAAUAUUGUGUGGUACUUAUUGUUUUUGAUUGGCUGUUCCGUGUAUUGUCACUGAUGACCAAAUUCCAGUCACAUCUGGAGCUGUACUAGUAUUUUUAAAUGGUUUAAAUAUUGCGUCUACUGUCUCUCUUUUUUUUUUCUUGUGGCUUUAUUCUGUGUUACAUGUCAAUACCAACAUACAGCUUUUAAUGCACAACUAUGAUAACAAAAGCCACAAGUACCAAUGCUCAUGAUUCUGUAUCAGUUUGCAUUUAUGCAUAUCUCUUUUUGUGUUUCACAUUGUUGAAAAGUGUGUCACGUCUGUUGCAUUAUGUUAACAUUGUGAACAAUAUAAUACAGGGCUCACUGGAUCACUGAGAGUAUACAUUUCUUCUAUAGUAAGCUAUCUAUUGUGUAUCUACUGUGUGUCAAUGUACCUUUAGUAUACAGCAAUGCUGAAAUGUCAUUUAAUCUUGUUUGAAGUGCAUAUUUUAUAAACCUUCUACCAAAUGUGUCUUAAUGUUCAAUGCAAAAGUGAAAAAAACACUAAAAAAAAACAGAGACAAGGAAAACAAAAAAAAGCGUUCAGUUUUACAUCCUGAAAAUGUCUGUGCAGUCAAUACCACAUUUGUUUAAAGCCAUGUAAUAAAUCAGCUUUGUCAUAUAGUACAUUUUCACUCAACUGCUUAUCAGUAGAAAAAUGUAAUGCAAAACAGAAAUGACAUUUCAGAUCUUUGCUGCAGGAUUAGCACAUCACUGGAUGAGUUUACUCAUGACAUUAUCAAGGGUAAUUCAACCAGGUAAAUAAAAUUACUAGCCUUCUGGAUCAUGCUCAAUUUCCACAGUGUAAGGUGUCCAGAUAUGACAUAACACCCACCCACCAUCAGAAAACAAACAAACAAACAAACAAAAAAAAAAAACCCCAAAAAUAAAAAAAAAUGCUGUUUAUGUUGUAUUUUGUAAUU